CCUCCUGUUACCCUGGAUUCAACAAAAAAGACCACUGAAGACAAGCCCACAGAAAAGAGACAGAACAAAAUCACCAACCAUGAACCGGAAGUCAGCCACUGUCUGUCUCUGGUCUGUUUACUUUUGCCUCUGCCGAAUCCACUUGAACACAAUGAAGGUCUGAUGUGGUCUCAGUCCUCUCAGCACAGGUUGGUCACAAUGUCUCUGAGAUGCUGUCAGAAGAUGUUCCUGAGACUCUCUGGAGGCUCUCUGUCCACCGUGAAGAGCUGCAUGUGUUUGAGACGCUACACUAGAGCAGCUCAGAGUCACAGGAGGGUGGUGAUCACCGGCAUCGGACUCGUCUCUCCCCUCGGGACAGGAAGUGCUCUGCCCUGGCAGCGUCUGAUUGGUGGAGAGAGUGGUCUGGUUGCUCUGGACCCAGAGGAGUAUAAGACGGUCCCCUGUAAGGUGGCAGCCCGUGUCCCACGAGGAGAUAAACAUGGAGAUUUCAACGAAGAGGCGUUUGUGUCCAAAGGAGAGCUCAACAGCAUGUCUCCAGCCACGGUUAUGGCCAUCGGUGCCGCCCAGCUGGCUCUUGAGGAUUGCGGAUGGUUUCCCAGAAGCCCUGAGGAGCAGCUGAGCACCGGUGUGGCGGUCGGGAUGGGUAUGGUGUCUCUGGAGGAAAUCGCUCGGACGGCCUCGGCCUUUCAGACACGCGGCUACAGCAAAGUCAGUCCGUUUUUCGUCCCUCGCAUCCUGGUGAACAUGGCCGCGGGACACAUAAGCAUCAAACACAAACUCAAGGGACCCAAUCACGCCGUGUCCACCGCAUGCACCACAGGAGCUCACGCUGUCGGAGACGCGACUCGUUUCAUUGUUCACGGUGACGCCGAGGUGAUGCUCGCCGGCGGGACGGAGGCCUGCGUCAGUCCGCUGUCCAUCGCAGGGUUCGCUCGCGCUCGAGCCCUCAGCACCCACUGGAACCAGGAGCCCAGACUGGCCUCGCGCCCCUUCCAUCCAGACAGAGAGGGGUUUGUGAUGGGAGAAGGGGCGGCCGUGCUCGUUCUAGAGGAGUACAGACAUGCAGAGCAGAGGGGUGCGCGGGUGUACGCUGAGGUGCUGGGAUACGGGCUCUCCGGAGACGCCAGCCACAUCACGGCUCCAACCGCAGACGGAGACGGUGCCUUUCGGUGCAUGACUGCUGCUCUCCGUGAUGCUGGAGUGUCUCCUUCAGACGUGACGUAUGUCAACGCUCACGCCACCUCCACGCCGCUCGGAGACGCCGCGGAGAACACUGCCAUUAAGAGACUGUUUGGGCAGCAUGCGUACUCACUGGCCGUGUCCUCCACUAAAGGAGCGAGCGGUCAUCUGCUGGGAGCGGCUGGAGCGCUGGAGGCCGCCUUCACUGCCCUCGCGUGUCACCACAGCGUCCUGCCGCCCACCCUCAACCUGGACCGCACCGAACCAGAGUUUGACCUGAACUAUGUGCCCUGCACAGCACAGACCUGGAGCUCCAGCGGACGCAGAGUGGCUCUCACCAACUCAUUCGGCUUCGGGGGAACAAACGCUUCUCUGUGUCUCGCCAGCGUGUGAUCACUGUAAUGCAGAUGGAUGAUCUCUGUUCAAAUCCACUGGUGUUUCAUUAUGCAACAAUAGAGUCGACAUGAAGUGGAAGUUGCAAUAGUCUUUUCUACUCUAUUGUGACAUUUAACGGCCCCUGUAUACUUCAAACUAAAUAUGUAGUUUCGAACAAAAUCAUGGAGUUUGAGUUUUUUUCUUCAUGGCAGUUCAAAACAGCUCACCAAAGCAAACUCUCUGGAGUUUGUUUUGGCUCCUAAGCACCUUUGAGUUUCUGUUGGUCCGUGGGGUUUAUGCGAAGGAAAGGAAAAAUAAAAGGUAGCAAGUACCAAAUACAUGUUUCAAAUAAAUGUUACACUAUA